UACUCUGGAGGCGUCACCUGGCAACAUGUGUUGACUAUGGUUCUAACACCUGGAAAACGACAUGAGACAUAGAGCACUUCCACUGUGUAGUUCAGGAACAACUUCAUGCUGUCGCUGUCAUUUGUCCAACUGAAAGGAAGCUCUGAAGACUGUCCAAAAGACAUGCUGCCAAAAUCUGAGAAUAAGGUUCAUCCACAGGAUUUGACUCAGCAGUUCACCAAACCUGGACUAAAUCGGGCGGUUUCUCGUUUUAAAAAGCAUUGUGCCUUUGGCUCCUGGAUCAGGGAAAACAUCCGCAAGAAGGAAUGUUGCCUCUUUGAAAAAGGUGUCAGAGAGGAUGUAUGCAAGUGUGGUUACUUAAAAACUGAUCAUGUGGACGAGGCCAUCAAGCCCGAGGACUUCACUGGAGAGUCAUGGGACAAACACAGACAUGUUCACGAAGUGCCGACGGAUGCUUUUGGGGACAUCAGCUUUGGUGGGACUGGCCAAAAGACAGGCAAAUAUGUGCGCGCGUCCACUGACACCAGUCCUGAAGUCCUGUACCGCUUACUGACGGAACAGUGGAAACUGUCCCCUCCCAACCUGCUCAUCUCAGUGACAGGAGGAGCUAAGAACUUCUAUCUUAAAGCUCGUCUCAAGAACAUGUUCCACAGAGGUCUCAUCAAAGUGGCUCAGACGACAGGGGCGUGGAUCAUCACCGGUGGCACCCACACAGGUGUGAUGAAGCAUGUGGGGCAGGCGGUGAGAGACUAUGCCCUGAGCAGCAGCUCCUCACAGGGUCAGAUCGUAGCUAUCGGAGUGGCAACAUGGGGAGCGAUUCACAACAGGGACGCUUUGGUGCAUUCAGAGGGUUGUUUCCCAGCGCAUUAUUUGAUGGACGUCAAUGGUCAGGGCCGACUGUCCUGCCUCGAUAACAACCACACCCACUUCCUGCUGGUGGACGACGGGACCCACGGUCAUUAUGGCGUGGAGAUUGAACUGCGUAGCCGUCUGGAGAAGUGCAUCUCCAGAAAGCAUCUUGGAAACAGAGAGAGUGGCGUGACCAUCCCUGUGGUGUGCGUGGUUUUGGAUGGAGGUCCAGGAACUCUCACUACCAUCUAUAACGCCAUGCUGAAUGGUACACCCUGUGUGGUUCUGGAAGGCUCUGGGAGAAUAGCAGAUGUGAUUGCCCAGGUCGCGGGGCUGCCAGUGGGCCGUGUCACCAUUGCCCUCGUCCACCAGCUGCUGAAGAAGUUCUUUAGCCAAGAGUAUGAAACUUUUGCUGACCUGAAGAUCAUACAGUGGACCAAGAUGAUUCAGGACAUCAUCAGGUUGCCGCACUUGCUGACAGUAUUCAGAGUGAGCGAGGACAGUCAUGGGGAUGUAGACGUGGCUAUUCUUCAGGCAUUACUCAAAGCUUCGAGGACCAGCGAGUCACAGUGCUGGAAGAGGCAACUGGAGCUGGCUAUAGGCUGGAACCGAGUGGAUAUAGCUGAGACUGAGAUUUUCACUGAGGAGAGCCAGUGGAAGUCCACUGACCUCCACUGGGCCAUGUUCUCAGCCCUCGUUGGCAACAAGCCUGAGUUUGUGAGUCUGUUGCUGGAGAACGGUGUGAGUCUGAGGGAUUUCCUGCACGACCAGGAGACUCUGUCCGAACUCUACAAACAGCUCCCAAACUGCUUCUUCCUCCACAAGCUGGCCAAGCGGCUACACAGCUCCUUUCGCAGUGGGCGAACUCCAUUCAGCCUGAGGCCUCGAGCUCACUUGGGACAAGGUGAAGUCAUCUCCAUGACUCACGUGUGUGGUGAGGUGCGUCACCUGCUGGGCAGUUUUACCAAGCCCAUCUACCCUCCCUCCACCACGAGAGACAACUUCAACAUGACUUUGGAUGAUUCAUCUUCAUCUCUGUCCAAAAGUCAAGCAGAUUCCCGAAAUCAACUCAGGGAGGACAGAAGUGAAGCAGCGAUCCAGCGGGACUCAGGCACAGACCUUUUCCUUUGGGCUGUUGUCCAGAACAACAAGGAGCUGGCUGAAAUCUUUUGGGAGGAGUGUUUAGACUGUAUAUCUGCUGCGCUGGCUGCCAGUACGAUCCUGAAGAAAAUGGCGAAAGAAGCAAGUGAUGCUGACGAGUCAGAGGAUAUGCAAGACCUUGCCAAUCACUAUGAGAAACAAGCCAUUGGUGUGUUCAGCAGGUGCCACAGCGAUGAUGAGGAGCGCGCUCAGAAGCUGUUGGUCCGUGUGUCACCACUGUGGGGAAGUACAACGUGCCUGAGGUUGGCUCUGGAGGCUAAUAAUAAAAGUUUUGUAGCUCAGUCAGGUGUUCAGGCUCUUCUGACUCAAAUCUGGUGUGGUGAGCUUUCAGUCAUCAACCCUGUGUGGAGGGUACUGGUCUGCAUGGUCUUCUUCCCCUUUAUCUACACUGGCUUUCUGGUUUUCAGACGCGAUGAAACCAUCCAGAGAGAGACUGAAAAGCACGAGGAGAUCAAGACAGUGCAGUCUCUGACAGGAAGUACACUCAAAACAAAUUCUCGUGCCCUUGACUCCCCCAACCUGCGGCACCUGAAGCCUCUGAGCAGCUGGUCCAGACUAGUUCACCUGUACAGUGCCCCACAGGUCAAGUUUUACUGGAAUAUUGUGUCUUACUUUGCCUUCCUCUUCCUGUUUGCUGUGGUGCUGAUGAUGGACUUCCAGACUACGCCCUCUGCAGGAGAGGUGCUGCUCUACAUCUGGCUAAUCUCGCUGGUGUGUGAGGAGGUCAGACAGCUAUUUCAUGACCCUGAUGGCUUUGGGUUUCGUAAGAAAUCCAGGAUGUACAUUGAAGACCUUUGGAAUAUUUUAGAUGUUCUGUCCAUCGUUCUGUUUAUUAUCGGCCUUGGAUUCAGGCUGACGUCUCAGCUCUUCUACCCGGGUAAAAUCAUCCUCUGCAUUGAUUUUGUGGUCUUCUGCCUCCGUCUCAUGGCCAUCUUCACUAUCAGUCGGACUCUGGGUCCCAAAAUCAUCAUCGUCAGGAGGAUGAUGAUGGACAUGUUCUUCUUCAUGUUCCUGCUGAGUAUCUGGGUGGUGGCGUACGGCGUGGCCAAACAAGGCAUUCUCAUCCACAAUGACAAUCGGCUGGACUGGAUUCUCCGUGGAGCAGUUUACGAGCCGUACCUUAUCAUAUUUGGCGAUUUCCCCAAAAAUAUUGACAACACUGAAUUUGACAUCAACUCCUGCACCAUGAAUGGAUCUGAUCCUCUAAAGCCCAAGUGUCCUGUCCUGAAUGAAGACCAAACCCCAGCUUUCCCAGAGGGGCUCACGAUCCUCAUGCUUUGUGUUUACUUGCUCUUUGCCAACAUUCUGCUGCUCAACCUGCUCAUAGCCAUCUUCAACUUCACAUUCGAGGAAGUGCAGGACAACACAGACAGAAUAUGGAAGUUUCAAAGAUAUGAGCUGAUUAAGGAGUACCACAGUCGCCCGGCUGCCCCUCCUCCGUUCAUCAUCUUCAGCCAUCUUUACCUCUUCAUCAGGCACAUGGUUCUGUGCAGGCCUCCUGUCUUAUGCAGAGAGUUCAAAAAUGAGCUUCCUCAGGUAGAGGAAGAGGAGCUGUUGUCCUGGGAGGCAUUGAUGAAAGACAGAUAUCUGAUGUCCACGCAGCAGGAGCAGAGCCAGAGCGUGGAGCGACGCAUCAUGGACACGGCCCAAAAGGUGACCACCAUCGCCGAUCUGCUGGAGAGGGAAGAGGAGCCGAGCUCGUCUGCCAUGAUGAAAAGACUGGCCCGACUAGAGGAGCAGGUCAGCCAGUCAAACAGAACCUUGCUGUUGAUUAUGGAGAGUCUGAAAUGUCAGGGACUUGUCCCAAAAGAAGCACAAUCACAUCCAAUGUCGACCACGACGGAUGAAGCCACCGACGCUUUAGGAAACGCGUCAGAGAGCGAGGGUGGGCUUCACGUGCACGCCCGACAGCUCCACUAUCCAAACAGCAAACUCACACGCUUCCCUGUGCCAGAGGAGAAAGUGCAGUGGGAGGUCAGCUUCAGCUCAUACACGCCGACCUGUGCAUCUGAAGACGCUGGAGACAAUGUAGAUGGAUCAGAUUCAGAGGCCUCAGAUAAUUACAGAAACCCAGGAGGGAGGACUGGCAUCAGGGGACGAGGGGCACUCAAUCAACUGGGUCCAAAUAUGAAUUUGAACCUUGUUGUUACACGUUGGCGAGACAGUGAGAAAUCUGUUUUGGAGUAUCUGGUAGUUUGGGAUGAGAGCCAAGGCACCUUGGCUUUACCUGGGGGACCUGUCCAAUCUGCCGAUCACCUGCCUGUAACACUUAAAAGAACCAUUGGGAAGAAACUGUACGAAAAACUCGAUGCAAAAGUAUCAGAAGGAACAAAGGUGUUUGAGGGUUACGUGGAUGACUGCAGGAACACAGAUAAUGCCUGGGUAGAAACCACUGUCCUGAACAUUCACCUGGACAGUACAAGCCAGGGACUGAUGGAGAUAAAUAAUAUGGUGCUGAGCAGCCGUGGUUGUCUCCUGUGGCAGGAGGUGAGCAGCAAAACAAGACUUGGCUCAAACCAAAGAGAGUCUCUGCGGCAGGUUGCGGAACUGCACAACAGGAAGUUCUGAUUUUCAUGCUACUGCUGUAGCUGUAAAUGUGCCUCUUCAUCCACACACACACAUACACAGGUUUAUUCGUACCUGUUCAGUGUGAUGGAGUCUAAUUCUAUUGCACUGAAAGCACUUGAGGAGAAAAGGACUGAGGACGAGACGAUGUGAAGCCCUAAAGUUUGCUGCUUUGCUUACAUUUUGCACAAAUGUCAGUGUGACGUUUGAAUGGAAUGUCCCGCUCUUACACUGUGUCGUUCACUUUUAUUAUUACCUCAAAAGUAAAAACUGUUUGGUUUUCAUUACCUUAGAUUGUUUUAUACUACAUUGGAGCAGGUCCUCUUCCAUGUGCAGGCCAUGUUUGUUUACUAAAGUAUUCAGAAUGUUACUUACUAUUAUGCAACUUCACCCCUAGAAGCCACUACACCCUGCACACUGGUCCUUUCCUACAAACCACACAAUCUAAUCAUUUUGUCCAACGAGUAUAAGCAUGAAGUAUGCGUCUUCUUUCCAAGCAAAUCGAGGACACUGUGACAUUUUAUUGUAACAAUAUUUGGUCCCCAUAAUUGUGUAGAUGUAGAUUCUGAUGUGACUUUUUUGGGGGGGAAUCUUCAAAACGUGUACUACAGCAGGAUGUCCACUUUGUGUUACUUUGUACAGCUGCGUUUGGGAGCGGAUAGUGAAUGUAUUACUUCACAGUACGGUUUCUCUCUUCACACAAAAGCAAAUUAUCAUCCAAAAUCAAUAAUACACAUUACCAAAUGAAUACCAAAUGUGCCAAUAUGUGUUUGUGUGUUAAUACACAAUGCAAAUCAUAACAAUUAUGCAUACAUAAAAAUACACGAUAGCUGUAGCAGUUGAAACACGACUUCCCAACACAGUUUAAAUAAACACGGGGUACAAGCGAAUAAAUAAAUGUGACUAUAAGAAGUUCUCCACAGUGAACGAACAAUCAGACAACUAUAAACACUAAUGUAUUCUGAUAUUUUGUAACCAACUAGUGAGGACUUCUGUGAUCAGUCAUAUCUGUGAUCAUCAAAAACCCAGCAAUACGACACAGGUGUGUCCAAAAAGGGAAUAAUGUAAUGAGUUCUUAUGGUUUGAUUGGUUUUGCUGCUACUACUGUAUGUCCACUAACAAUUCUUCUGUGCAUUUUUUCCACCAAUCAAAUAAUAUGACAUUCAUUUGUGUUUCACAGAAAUAAAGAAAAACAAACACUGUGUCACAUGUGACCUUCACAUAAUAAUGAAGCACUCUU